AUGACAUCGGAGUCCGCCGACGCGACGUUUGGCACGAGCGGUCAGGGGAUGUCGGAAAACGUGCGCGAGCAGGACCGGUUCCUGCCCAUCGCCAACAUCAGCAGGAUCAUGAAGAAGGCGCUGCCCGCCAACGCCAAGAUCGCCAAGGAGGCGAAGGAGACCGUGCAGGAGUGCGUGUCGGAGUUCAUCAGCUUCAUCACCAGCGAGGCGAGCGACAAAUGUCAGAGGGAGAAACGAAAGACGAUCAACGGGGAGGACCUGUUGUGGGCCCUUGGGACGCUGGGGUUCGAGGACUACGUGGAGCCUUUGAAGUUGUUCCUUCAGAAGCAUCGCGAGGUAACGCGCCUGGUGAUUGACUGGCAUGUCUGCUGCUGCUUCGUUGGGGUAGACGCCUGUGGAUGCUGA